AUGAAUGCUUAUAAAGAAUUCAUUGAGCCAACAAAGAUAUCACAAUGUGUUGGUUGUAACUUUAUAUCGCCAGAUAAGAAGCAUUUAAUCAUAGGUAAAAGUUCAGUUUUACAAAUCUUCGAAACAAUCAAAAUUGGUAAAAAUUAUAAGUUAAAUUUAAUUCAACAGUUCAAAUUGCAUGGAACAAUUAUAAGUAUAAAACCCAUUAAAACUUUGGAAAAUCCCAAAUUAGAUUAUCUUUUAGUCACUACAAAGUUUGCAAAGAUAUCUUUGAUUAAAUGGGAUCAUAAAUUCCAAACAAUUCAAACAGUAUCAUUGCAUUAUUAUGAAAAUGUUAUUCAAAAUGCAACUUUCGAAAAGUUAACCACCAGUUCAUUGAUCGUUGAACCAAAGAAUUCCUGUCUUUGUUUAAGAUUUAAAAAUUUGUUGACCUUCUUACCUUUUGCAAAAAUCGAUGAUGAAGAAGAGGAAGAUAAUGAAAUUGAUGAUGAUGAUAAAAUCUUGAAGUUGGAUGAUGAAAUCUUUGGCACUUCAUUCUUAAUCAAUGGUCAGCAAUUAGAUUCUAAAAUUGGAACCAUUGUAGAUGCACAAUUCUUAUAUAACUAUAGAGAUUCAACCAUUGGUAUAUUAUGUUCCAAUGAACAAGUUUGGGCAGGGAAUUUGUUUUUUAAAAAAGAUAAUAUCUCAUAUGUUGUUUUAUCAUUGGAUUUGAACACCAAGAACUCCACCACUGUUUUGAAGGUUGAUAAUUUGCCUUAUGACAUAGAAAGAAUAGUUCCGUUACCCAAACCAUUGAAUGGUGCUUUAUUAAUAGGUUCCAAUUGUUUUGUUCAUGUUGAUAAUGGUGGGAUUGUAAGAAAAAUUGCUGCCAAUUCAUACGCUCCAUUGACCACCAAUACUUUCAAAACAUUCGUUGAUAACACCGACUUGAACUUAAGAUUAGAAAACUGUUCAGUAACUCCUAUUCCUAAUGACAAUAAAAUAUUGAUAAUUCUUCAGAGUGGAGAAUUUUUCUACUUGAAUUUUGAUAUGGACGGGAAAGCAAUCAAAAAGAUUACUUUGGAGAAAAUAGAAGAUUCUGAUAAUGUUGAAGUUAGGCAUCCAGGUGAAAUUGCCAGCUUAGAAAACAAUUUGUUAUUCAUCAGUAGUCAAUGUACCAAUAGUCCUUUAAUUGAAUGUAAAUAUGAUAUUGAAGAUCAAGAUAUUAAUAAAGGAAACGAUGAUGAAGAUGAUGAUAUGGAUGACAUGUAUGAUGAUGAAGACGAUAAAAAGUUAACUUUCAAGGAUGGUAAGUUGAGAAUUAAAUUCGAUGAUGAGUUGGUUAACAACGGGCCCAUAUCAAGUUUUACCUAUGGGUUUUAUUCGAAUGAAAAAUUUAAAAGUAAUUUGGUCAAUCCAAAUUAUCAAGAAUUAUCAAUCUUCUCUAAUUCGGGAAUCGAAAGUCAAAGUUAUAUGAAUAUAUUCGCCCCAAGUAUACAGCCGGUGAUAAAGUCUUCAUUAACUUUCUCCACUGUCAAUAAAUUAUGGAUUUCCAAUAAUUUCUUAAUAACAAGUGAUGAUGGUAAUAAAAAAUCGGAAAUUUUCCAAAUUAACAAAAACUAUGCCAGAUUGAAUGCCAAAAAUUUCAUAAAUAAUGAUUUGACUGUAGCAAUUCAUGAGUUAAAUAACGGAAAAUUCAUCAUUCAGAUUACACCCAAACAAAUCAAGAUCUAUGAUAACAAAUUUAAAAGGAAAAUGAUUUUGAAUGAUGUUAUAAAGUCAGGAAACGACGAAGAUGACGAUGAUGUUGAAAUUUUCAAUAGUUUCUGUAGUGAUGAAAUUUUGAUGAUUUUCUUAACUAAUGGGGAAGUGAAGAUCUUAGCUAUUAACACUUAUAAUGAAAAUUUCACUGAAAUUCCAAUUCCAAAAAUUUUAUCUGAUACUUUGAUUACAACUGGUUAUAUCUCCAAUUCUAAUAUUUUGAAUGCUGUGACGAAAGACGUCAAUUUAUUGAUCAAAAGUAGAAAGAGAAAAUUCCAACAAUCAGCUCACAAAGACUCAGCCGAAUCUCAUCAAACAGAAGAGGAAUUAGGUCCCAAACAAAAAGUUUUCAUUUUAGUCACAGGUGAUAAUAGAAUUGUUCUUUUCAAUAGAUUUCAUAACGAAAGAUGUUAUCAAUUGAACGAUAUCGAUAAAUUUACCGAUACUUCACAAUUAAGUUUCUUCGAGAGUAGAAGUGUUUAUCCUGAUCCUUUCAUAAAACAAGUCAUUUUCAAUGAUAUUGGUAAUUCGGUUUCUAAAAAUCAAUAUUUGACUAUCUUGACCAUGGGAGGUGAGGUUUUAUUAUAUAAGUUGUAUUUUGACGGGGAGAAUUUCAAAUUCUUGAAAGAGAAAGAUUUGUUGAUUACAGGAGCUCCUCAUAAUUCUUAUACUUUAGCCACCAAAGUUGAAAUGAAAUUAUUCUAUAUUGAAGAUUUGAAUGGUUUAACGGGUAUCUUUGUGAGUGGUGAUAAAUCAUACAGUAUCUUGAAAACCAAUCAUUCGAUCCCUAGAAUUUUCAAAUUCACUAAAAUACCAAUUAUGUCCUUUGGUAAAUUUUCAAACAAUCAAUUAAUUUUCUUAGAUGAUAAGAAGAAUACUAGAAUUUGUGAAAUUCCUAUGGAUUUCAAUUAUGAUAACAACUGGCCAGUUAAAAGAGUAAAAAUUGGUGAAACAAUAAAAUCUGUUACAUAUCAUGAACAGUCAAAUACUUUUGUUGUAUCUACCUAUAAAGAAAUAGACUAUAAUUGUGUUGAUGAAGAAAAUUUACCAAUUGUUGGUACGAUGGAAGAUAAACCAGGUGCCAAGGCUUACAAAGGUUUCAUCAAAUUAAUAUCUCCAAUGACUUGGACAGUUAUUGAUGAGUUCGAAUUGGACGAUAAUGAAGUUGGUAUAAAUGUCAAAUCUAUGUUAUUAGAUGUUGGAUCUUCAUCAAGAAGAUUCAAACACAAAAGAGAAUUCAUUGUUAUCGGAACAGGUAAAAUAAGGAUCGAAGAUUUAGCUGCUAAUGGUUCUUUCAAAGUCUAUGAGAUUAUUGAUGUUAUUCCCGAACCUGGUAAACCACAAACAAACCAUAAAUUCAAAGAAGUUUAUAAAGAAGAUACCAAAGGUUCAGUGACAGCCAUAAAUGAAAUUUGUGGUAGAUUCUUAGUAAGUCAAGGACAAAAAAUUAUCAUCAGAGAUUUACAAGAUGAUGGUGUGGUUCCAGUUGCAUUUUUAGAUUGUUCUGUUUAUGUAAGUGAAGCUAAAAGUUUCGGAAAUUUCUUGAUUGUUGGUGAUACUUUGAAAUCGAUUUGGUUAGUUGGUUUUGAUGCCGAACCUUUCAGAAUGAUCAUGUUAGGUAAAGAUUUGAAAUCAAUUGAUGUAAGUUGUAGUGACUUUAUCAGUCAAAAUGAAGAAAUUUAUAUUUUGGUAGGUGACAACAACAACAUAUUACACUUAUUAAAGUAUGAUCCUGAAGAUCCAACUUCAUCAAAUGGUCAAAGACUUGUUGCUAAAGCAUCAUUCAAUAUCAAUGCAAAUGUUAGUAGUUUAUUACAAUUACCAAACUUAGUAAAUGGAACAACUCAAAAUAUAGGUAGUACCACUGAGGGAUCAUUUUUCAAUGUUUUCCCCAUAAAUGAAUCAACUUACAGAAGAAUGUAUAUUCUUCAACAACAAUUAACUGAUAAAGAGUAUCAUUUCUGUGGAUUAAACCCAAGAUUGAAUAGAUUUGGAGGUUUGAAGUUUAAUGCUAACGAUUCCAAUAGUAAACCAAUUUUAGAUGUUGGAGUUAUCAAAACGUUUGCAAAAUUAAAUGAUGACAGAAAGAAGAAUAUUUCCUCCAAGAUAUCUCGUGACAAUCAAGAGAUUUGGAAAGAUUUAAUUGAUUUCGAAAACAGUAUUAGUUUGUAA